UUUACCUCUACCAGUUUUUUCUGAGGGCCUCACUGAUCUUGCUUUGGUCUUUGAAUGAAGCCGCAGCACUGACUGAAAAAGAGGAACUGAAUUUCAAAGGCUUUUCAUGGCGAGCAAAGUCAUAACCUUCGACUGCAGGGUGGGAUCUCCAUAACUGGACUGUGCUGUAAUUGGCCUCGCUGGCUGUUUGAUUUCGGAGCAUCAGAGAGGCAAAAGCAGAUUGAAGAGGCAAACCUGAACCAAGAGCCAAGAUGGGCUGCAACAUGUGUGUGGUGAAUCGGCCUGAGGAACAGUACAGGAUUAUGUUUCAGAAGGGCAACACGAUGCGUCCUAUUGAUGCCGAAGUAAAGCUUAAAGGCAGAAGAUCUUCUCAUCUAUCUCAAGAUAAGGAUGGGCAUCCUCAUGAUCCUUUGCUGCUACAAGUAGUACGUAAAGGACACAGGAGGAGAGCAGGCACUACCACAGGCACUGCCAGACUAAUGGCCAUCACAGACUGUGUGGACAACUCUACACAGACCGACAUCAGCUUCCAGAACUUUCUGGGCACAGGCCGAGGGUCCUGCUCUGGUGGCGGCUCUCCAAAACCUCCUCCGUCUCCUCCACUGCCCCCACUGGUGGAGCCAUACCUGCUGAAUGAACUCUGCACUCUGGAGCAUGACUGUGCUGAUCUCAAUGACUACCUUGACGUUGCUAACCAUGAGGUGGAUCGACAAGAGGAGCUGGAAUACGAGGAAGUGGAGCUCUACAAGUCCAGUCAGCAGGACAAGCUGGGCUUGACCGUAUGCUACCGCACUGAUGAUGAGGAGGACCAGGGGAUAUAUGUAGGGGAGGUCAAUCCCAACAGUAUAGCAGCCAAAGAUGGACGCAUUCGAAAGGGAGACAGAAUACUGCAGAUAAAUGGAGUGGAUGUCCAGAACAGGGAGGAGGCAGUGGCUAUUCUUACCAGAGAAGACAGCAUCAACUUCUCACUGCUACUGGCCAGACCGGAGAUAGAGACAGAUGCUCAAAUGGACCCCGAGGACCUGGAUUGUGACUUACCAGUAGGCAUGAGUGUGGACAGUCUCAACACCUCUCACUUGCCCAGUCUGUAUCGUCUUCAGCAGCAAAGAGUCCAAACAGGGGUUCUUGAGAACCCAUUACACCGGGAGACACCCAUGCUUAGCCUGGUCACCCUCAAUAAUAGUCAGGAGCUGGACAGUGGUGUGGGCCGCACGGAUGAGAGCACCAAGAAUGAAGAAUCUUCUGAGCAUGACAUUCUUCUGGGUGAAGAGCAGACUAGUGCCUCCAACACCAACACCACCAACACACCACACAGCCUCCGCAAGUUCAGGCCUGGUAGGAACGGCGGAAGUGGGGGAGAUACACCAUCCCCGCUGCUCCACAUCAAAGAGCUACAUCUCAGCGUGGACUCUCUGGACUGUGGGGGUGCAGGGGCAGGAUACUUACAUGACCCAGUGAGCUCCAUGAUGAUGCCUGGCUUGACCGAGGAGGAGUGCGAGAGGUACCGGGAGUUGCUGGAGAUCAAGUGUCGCUAUGAAAGAAAUAUGAAGAAGAGCAACAUGGGACCAAAAGUUGAGGAAACAGAGAAGAGGGAUGGAGAAGCAGUGGAAGAGGAUGGAGAGAAAGAAGUGGGUCUGGAUGAGAACUGCAAUGAGAGCUUGACUCCACAUGAGAUGGCUCUCUUGGAGGAAGAGCUGCGGCACCUUGAGUUUAAGUGCCGGAACAUUCUGCGGGCACAAAAGAUGCAACAGCUCAGAGAACGCUGCUUGAAAGCAUGGCUGUUGGAGGAGGAGGCUUCAGGGAGAGGUUCCUCCGACCUGCAGGUGUCCCCACUCCAUGAGCUCUCUGAUAUCAAAGAACUCCCAGAGAGAGAGCGAUCAGACAAGGACACCAGCAGUGCUUACAACACUGGGGGGGAGAGCUGCAGAAGCACACCCUUGGUGAGUGACAACCUCUCUCCUGUGACCCAGAUGGAAGAGUCUGGUUCUCCUCUGCAAGGAAGGCACAGAGACCGACCCAGCUGGAGUGAGAGGGGACGUGCCAGUUUCAACUCCUCCUACUCACCCAGCAGCUACAAGAAGUUCCAGAUGAACCCUAACAUCAACCCGAAGUUCCGUUCUCUGUCUCGGGAAGGUACUGUUCGUCCAUUGGCAGAGAGUGGAGCACAGGGCAGGAGUGCGAGAGCCAACAGUAUCCAUGAAAGAACUGGAGGCCGGAGUGCUGAUUCAAGCCCAUACUUCACCCGACGCCACCACUCUAACAGACCUCCGCCUGAACGAUACCAGAGCUGCAUGCAGCUUGGCUCCUCUUUCUCAGAGACUCUCAUAGAGAGAACCGUGGAAGGGGAAAGUGAGGCACCAGUGGGCAGUAGUGGCCGGGCAAGCCCUAUGAGCUUAGGGAGCAGCACCCUUGGCCCAGUGCUUCAUCCCAGCCCUGCCAAACACUCCCUGGAUUUGCCUUUGCCUCUUCCCCCUGCCUCCCCACGCAUGGAGUGGAAGGUGAAGAUCCGUAGCGACGGUACCCGCUAUGUGGCAAAACGUCCUGUCCGUGACCGCUUGCUGAAGGCCCGGGCUAUGAAGAUCUGUGAGGAGCGCAGCGGCAUGACCACUGAUGAUGAUGCUGUGAGCGAAAUGAAAAUGGGCCGGUACUGGAGCAAAGAAGAGCGCAAACAGCAGCUGCUAAGGGCCCGUGAGCAACGCAGACGUCGUGAGUUUAUGAUGCAGUGCCGGCUUGAUUAUCUCCGUGAUCGGGGCCAGGAUUCAGGGAGGGAGGGUCAGCAGGAAUUAGGCCAGGCUCCAGGCUCAAUUCUGGAGCUGAGUCAGAAGAAGAGCUCAAAAAAGCGCAACCGUCGCAUCUUGGACAACUGGAUCACCAUCCAAGAGUUGCUAGCCCAUGGAUCACGUUCUCCAGAUGGGACCAGGGUAUACAACCCUCUUCUCUCUGUCACUACAGUAUGAGAGAUGAAGGCACAGAGGAAGUAGAAGGAACAAGUGAGAGGAUGAGUGAAUGAAGAUGAAUAAUUUUUAGCCCUUAAAAAGCUCUAAAUCUCCAUAGCACAUUAUGUCAUAAACAUCAUGUUUAUGACUUUCUUUACCAAGAUUUGGAUGGAACUUGAAGCACAAUGUCCCGUUACUUAAGCACAAAAAGGACUGUGCAAACUGAAUACACAGACAGAACUAACACUCAAUGCAUUCUACAUUACAUACAUACUGUCAAAAGCAAACUGCAAAGACAAAGUAAGCUCUGCUAUGACAAAUAUCUCUGAUACGCUCUAAGAAUGGUACUAUAAAAGAAAACUGCUGAAAGGCGUAAAAGCUCACAGCAAAUCCUAAAAGCAUCUUUGAAGACAAAGUCUGAAUGUGCUCCAUGCUUCAUAUUUUGACUUGGACAACUGACAUGACAUCACACUGUAUUCCUGUUAACAUACAUGCAGAAUCCUGACAUGAUCAACACAAUGCUAAUACAAUCAAGAUAUUGCUUAAUUAUGAGCACAGUUCCCUCAGCAUGGCACAGAAUUAAGUGUACGCCAUUUCUUCUGAGAGUGAGAGAGCACACACUUCAGAUGUAGUCAGGUUGAUACCAUGGUGCUAAGUGUGCAUGGUGCUGCUCUAUGAUGGUUUCUUACCUGCAUUGGAUUUGUUUACUGUGGCUCAGUCUGACAAAAAAAAACAACCAGUACACUAGGAGCUAAGACACAGAAUCACCUCCUGAAGGGAUGACCAUUCUUUGCCCACUGUAAAGUAGUGUUAUUGUGCAUAGAGCCAUGUUGCCUAAUGCAUACAAGUAAAUGCUAUCACCAGCACAAAAUUGAAAUAUGAACAUGAAAAGGAAGCAAAAUGUAUUGGACUAGCAGAGGGAUGCCUAUAGGUCAUCUGUAAAACAGACCUUUUAGUGCUAUAUCUCUUCAGCAUUCUUCAAGGUGCUAAAGAUGACAGAAGAAUACAACUUUAAAGGAAAACAGACACAUAUUUGGCAAACAUGUAAUAAAUAACCCAUAAUUUGUAAAUGGAUGUGAGUCAACAGAAAGAAUAACAGCUUUACUGAUUGUUCUGACCGCUCGUAUUCUAACCAUACCAUGCUUACCGGUGACUUUUCCAACUUUUUGACACACUUUUUGCAUGAUUUUAACAGCAAGAGCUAUCACAUAUUAACAGAAAUAUUCUAUGGAUUAUAUGGUUGUAUAUCCAUUGCUCAGUAUACUAUGUAUGUGAUCAGAUUUUGCUGUCUUUCGUUGCUAUUAAUUUGUUGGUGUGUUAGUCAUAAAGUAGAUUUCUAUGGUUAUAUUGUUAUAACUGUUGAUACUUGUUGAUUGAUAUCAGUGGUCCUAUUUACACAAGACAACAUGCAUUAGAUCUUAAAUGGUAAUUUCAAUGUACUGUUGAAAUGGACAUUUUAGGGAAAUAAAACC